AUGAAUGUAUUUGUUGGGUGUAUAGAUGUGAAAGAGGUGGUUAUUUUAGUGGUUUUGGAAGGUUUUUGGGUGUGGUGUGUGGUUGUGGUGGGGGGGGAGGGGGGGGUGUGGUUGGGGGGUUUGGAUUUGGGGGGGUGGGUUGGGAUUGGGGUGGGGGGUGGGUUGGGGUGGGGUUGUGUGGGGGUGUUUGUGGGUGGUGUGUGGUGGUUGGUUGGGGGGGUGGGUGGGUGGUUGUAUGUGGGUUUUUUGGGUUGA